AUGAACUUCAAUUACAGCGACAUCAUGAUUUAUCCAAGCGAAGCACAGUAUGCUGCUAAUCGAUUCAAGAUCCUAGUCAUUGGAAGAGGAGGAUCCGGUAGAUCCUCUUUAUUAAGGCGAUUCAAGCAAAAUAUAUUUCACAAUCCAAAAGAGGAAAUCUCUCAUCCGGAAAUCACUGUAGUUGUUCGCGCUAUUCACGGAUCUAUAGUUAAGGCUGAUUUGCAAAUUAUAGAAUUAUCGAGUUUCGCAUGCAACGAGGAUGUGUCAGGUCCGGCAAAAGUGCACAUGGCGAAAAAUUUCAUGGAUGUGAAUGGGGUACUUCUUGUGUACGACACAACGAAUGUGAAGACAUUCCAGGAACUUUGUGACACAUUACCGACACUACAACGAAUGAUCGCUCCCAAUGUGGAUAUAUUUCUUGUGGGAACAAAAGCAGAUUUGAACGAUCAACGUAUGGUUUCAUUUGAUGACGCUGAAAAAAAAUCCCAAGAGCUUGGAUUCUCGUUAUUCGAAACAAGCGCUGUGACAGGAGUCAACUGCGAAGAGCUGCUAAUUGAAGUGUUAGAUAAGGUUGCAGAGAGGAGAGCUGAAAUUCAGGAACGUCUCACCGGAAAAAUUGAGGUGGUUGACACGAACGAAACCGAACCACCUCGGCGAAGUCUGUUCUGUUGGCUUCCCUAUUUCCUGACGAGGAAAACGAUGACCUCCACGUAG